UUCCUCUACUCUGUUUAGGCUUCGGGCAGAUGUGAGUUUACCCGAGCCUGGCUGCGACAGACAUGACAUUAAGGCAAGCUAUUAUUUGAGCUUGUUGGUUACAUGUUAGCUCGUUGUUUAGUCGACGAAACCGGAAGUAUCAUACACAAAAGUCUUUCAAAAUGAACGUUAAGCUUUUAGCCACGAAGUUACCGUUAAUUGUCGCUGUAAAUCAGUCUAUAAACCCCGGCGACAGACUUUGAACUUGUUACAUGGCAGCACGUAACUAGUCAGCAGUUAGAGCCUGUCCUCUGCCAUAUCUGUUUGUUAUCAUAGCUGUCGAUAAAAACUGGCUCAACCCGUUGUGAAAUAUAUUUGGGCAGAAGCACAUCCAUUUUAUUAAUGAGCCAGCAUUAAAUCCCUGUUGCAAGAUGGAUGGAGAAGCAGGCCCACUGAGUGGUGGCAGACAGAGGGAAAAGAAAGGAACCUACAAAGACUUAUUAAUGAACGUGGAGGAGCUGGCGGAACCAAAUUCGGAUUUUGAGGAAUGUAGCACCAAGAGGCCUUUCAAGGUGGACUCUGGGGGUGUGCUGGAACCAGAAGGCUCAGUCAACAAGAAAAUCCAUAUCUCAGUGGUAAAUGGUAAUGGUGGAGCUGAGCCUGAGCUAUAUGGAGAAGAGUCCUCUGGCUUCCUCCGUGAUUAUCCAGUCUGUGUGUCACGAGACAGAUGGGAUGCAAAAGAAGGGGAAGAGGAUAUCAGAGACAAGUUGUUGCAUUCAUCUUGCACAGCAGAGGGCAGCAUUGAUCAGGCAAGCUCCAUGCCGGACUACUGGGUGUAUUUAGAUAACCAGCACAACAAGGCAGACUGUCCUGUAUCCAGGACUCUCACCCCUCCUGCCACUCCAGUUACCCACAGGCCUCGUCCGUUCUUACCUUUUUCAAGUUCAGUGACAGCCAUUGCUUCUACAGUGACCUCUGUAGUUAAUCCUAUGAUGUCUAGCCCCAUGACUGACGCCUGUAGUCCCAUCAGUUCUAUGUGCAGUCCCACAAGUUCAGCCUGGGACACUCUCAGAUCCACAUCCAGGAGUCCUGGCUGUUCUGCCCGGGAUCCUGUCAGUGCUGCGGCUCACCUACACCUGCUGGGGGAAUCCUUGUCCCUGAUUGGCCACCAUCUUCAGGAGACAGAUAAAAUGAUCAGUAUGUCAAGUAGUCUGUCUCUGCUCUUGGACUCUCUGUUGUGCGCCCUGGCUCCUCUGAUCUGCCUCACAGCACAGAUACCUGAGCUGAGGAGCUGCACUCAGCACACACUGGCCUCUGCUCUCGAAAACAUUGCCUAUGUGAUGCCCGGGUUGUGAGUGAUGAUGAAGACCACACCAGCAGCACACAGCACCUUCUGUUAUGCUGAAAGACACUAUAGGUCAGUUUACACUUGGAAAAUAAGUCUACAGUCUAUUUUGUUAAAAAAGAAUAUUUGUUUGCACUAUAAAAAAUAUUUUUGUUUUAUCACAAAUAUACCAAUUUACUGUAGUAUGUUAUUUUCUUUCAUUGAUUGUUUGAUUUAAAGAUGUGUAAAGACUGUAUUAUGUAACUUUUUUGACCAGGUACCGCUUGACUUUGUCACUGGACACAUUAAAAGCGUCAAUUUCUGUUCUUCUGCUUUACAGUGGAGUUGAUCAGGCAUUACAUAGAUUUAUUACAUAGUCUCCUACAUGUUCUUAAAUUUGUACUCAAAUAUAAAAGUUGAAGAAACUACAAAUUUGCAGAAGUUCAUCUUAAAGAAUAAAACUGAAUCAAUAAUAAAAUGAACAAUGAUAAAUGUGAUUGCAUAUGACUAGGUAUCACAGAAGCCUCAAAUCUAAAUUAGGUCAUGAUUUAUAGGAUAUGUACAUCCAAAUCUGCAAUACUGCAACAAGAUUAGUUCAGGCUAAAUGGACUGAUGACUCAAAACCUUAAAACCACCAAUGGGUGAAGUUAAUGACAUUGGUUAUCCUGUUACAAUUAGGGCUGCAACGAUUAGUCAACUAAACGAUGACUGAUUGACUAUUAAAAUAAUCGGUGACUAUUUUAAUAGUCGACUAAUCGGUUUGAGUCUUUUUUCAUAGAAAAGUACUAUAAAAGUACCCCAAAAUACUCUUACUGCAGCUUCUUACGUUCAGAUAUUGGCAGCUUUACACACUCUCCCGUGACAGUGAACUAAAACCCUUUGGCGUGAGUAUGAAACAAGACAUUAGAUGAUGUAAUUUUGGGGUUUGGGAGAGACAGACUGACAUUUUUCAACAUUUUAACACAUUUUUUGAUAAAAUAAUUAGUUGACUAAUCCAAGAAAUAAUCGACAGAUUAGUCGACAAUGAAAAUAAUCGUUAGUUGCAGCCCUAGUUACAAUGCAGUGUUCCGCUGGGAAACCUUUCAUCCUGGCAGUCAUGUGGAUGCCACCUGUCAUUCUCCUUCCAUGCAAACACCAUUGCAGACCAAGUACAACCCCCAGUGUCUUGGUGCCAGACAC